CUUAAAAUGGCAAAAGUCAAGGCCCAAAAACGGCCUGGGAAAACCGGCCAGAGCCACCUUCGAGCCCGGAUUGCAUUCUUAUACAAAGCGUCGACUUAUCUUCAAGCUACGUCUCUACCGAAACCUUCUACAGACAAGAAGCCUAAUCAUGCUGGGCCCCAUGGAUCUCAUGCCCUAUUACAAGAACACGAUGAAGAGCCAACUUCGCAACCACUGUUUAGUAGCAAGGUUGCCAGUGAUAGCAAAAACUCAACGACUGACAACGCAUUCUUCGCUCCAAACCACUUGCAGGAACAACAGCCCACACAUCAUGUUCCGGUCUCAAAGCUCUCUCGCAAUUUAGCUUCCCAGAUGCGCGGAGUAUCUCUCAAGUCGCAACUGCGACUACCUCACGACAUCAAAAGAUCGAUCUGCAAAGUAUGCGACUCGCUGCUGAUUCCCAACGCGACCUGUGUGGAAACGGUGGAGAAUGCCAGCCGUGGGGGGUCGAAGAAGAAGCCAUGGGCUGACGUUCGCGUGGUCCGCUGCAAUAGCUGCGGCUCUAUAAAGCGGUUCCCACAGACUAAAAAGCAAGAAGCAAAAAGCUUGCGGAGCGCAAGAAGCGGUUGAAAGCCGGGGCAGGAUGACCGGACCAAGAGGUCGAACCAGUCCGCGGCGCAGCUACCUGCUGUGGAUGUUUUCCGUUGUAUUUCCUCUGGAUGCCUUCGUGACUCGAAAAGAACAUGUCUCGAUGAAUGGAAUAUAGAUAACUUACUGGACUCACUAAAUUCCCGUGUCGAUAUGGCUAAG